AUGGCUCUCGCAAACAAGAAGGUGGAACAGCUCGAUCGCCCUGACGAAUACCAGAAGAUAUUCCACUGGGCAGAGACACAGAAAGAUGGCACUGUACCUUCCUUUGCAACCCGCAAGAAUGACCCUUAUGAGUACCAAGCCGGGUUCAACAACCACUUCGAAUCUGAGGCCGUACCCGGAACUAUUCCUAGGGGUCAGAACAGUCCUAGAUGCGUGCGAUUUGGUCUGUACGCAGAACAGAUGACUGCUUCGGCAUUUGUUGCUCCAAGACAUCUGAACAAAAAUGCUUGGCUCUACAGAUCGCGGCCAGCAGUCGCACACCAGGGGUUUACCAACUUGCCUGACAACACCAAUACUGAGGCCAACUUCCUCCCAAUCAACCCGCGCGUUCAUGUCUCGCCGACUCAACUUGCCUGGCUGCCCUUUGAUGUUGCUGAGACCAAACACGACUUUGUGGAUGGUCUGGCCUCCAUCGCUGGAUCGGGCGACCCAACCUUGAGGGAGGGCAUUGCGACACACGUCUUUACAGCUAACGUUUCUAUGGACAACAAAGCGUUUGUCAACUCUGAUGGCGACUUUUUGAUUGUGGCUCAGCAGGGCGCACUGGACAUUCAAACCGAGUUCGGAAAAUUGUACGUCCAACCAGGCGAGAUUUGUGUUAUACAAAGAGGUCAGCGCUUCAAGGUCAACGUCGAAGGACCAACCAGAGGCUACAUUCUCGAGGUUUGGGGUGCAAACUUUGAGCUGCCAGAACUUGGAGCGAUCGGUGCCAAUGGAUUGGCCAACGCUAGAGACUUCUUGACCCCGGUUGCGUACUACACGGUCACCAAGGACGACCCGUGGAAAGUCGUGUACAAGCUCGGUGGCAAAUUCUUCGAGAGCAAACAAAACCACUGCCCCUUUGAUGUGGUCGCCUGGCACGGAAACUAUGUGCCUUACAAAUACGACUUGACCAAGUUUGUCAACAUUGGAAGCAUCAGCGUCGAUCACAUCGAUCCAUCCAUCUUUUGCGUCUUGACGGCUCGCUCGCGCGACCCAGCAGCCCCUCUAGCCGACUUCCUCAUCUUUUCUCCUCGCUGGGAUGUCGCCUCAAACACGUACCGCCCACCCUACUACCACCGCAACGUCGCUUCCGAGCUGAUGGGUCUCAUCUAUGGCGAAUACGCCGGCCGCAGCGACGAGUUCCAGCCUGGAGGUGUCAGUUUCGAGUGCGGCAUGGUGCCUCACGGUGUGGCAUAUCAAGAGUUCAAGGCCGCUUCGGCUCAGCCUCCUCCAGAGAUGCGUAUCUCUGAGGGUGCAGUAGCGUUCAUGUUUGAGAGCUCUAGGCCCUUCACCGUCACUGAUUGGGCUAUGAAGAGCGACAAGCUUCACGAGCAUGACCCAGCGAUGUGGGAUGACCUGGUGGACAACUUCAGCAAUCAUAAAGACGAGGUUGAUGAGAUAUUGAAGAAAGCGGGGAAGCUGAGCUUGUAG